UCUCUCUCUAUAUAUAUAUAUAUAAUCACGAUUUGUGGAUCUUUGAGGAGCUUUGUGUUGGUUCAAAGGAUGGGCAAUGCGAACGGCAGAGAAGACGGAGCUAAUGGCGUGGUCGGAGACGAUCCAGAUGGAAGAUCGAACGGUGAAUCAGGUCAACGUGACAACUACGCGCCGAACUGGCAUGCUCCGGGGCGCGUUGUUUCCUCAGAUUCAAUGGCCAAUACUCCUCCUGCAAGCCCCGGUCGCUCUCGAUCUCCUCUUUUGUUCGCUCCUCAGAUCGUUAUCUAG